UGGGCCUCCCAGAGUGCUAGGAUUACAGGCGUGAGCCACCACGCCCGGCCCCUACUUGGUUUAGUAUUUACCUCCCUCUCAGUUAGUCAUUCAACACACAUCUACUAAAGAGCCCAAGGAACAGAAUUCCAGCCCAUAUAUGGUGGCCAGCGCUGUCCAAAGGAACCUCCUAAAGAUAGAAAUGUUUUCUACCCAUGCUGUCCAAUUCAGUAGCCACCAGCCACACAUAGCUAGAGAACUUGAAAUAAGGGACUGAAUUUUAAAUUUAAAUUCCAUUUAGAUGGAAACAGCCAGAUGUGCCACACAAUAAUGGAUUGCCCAGCAGAGGCCUCCUGCCUUCUCAGGGGUAGUAUCUUUGCAGUCUCCCUGACCUUUCCUACCAGUCCAGGCUUGGGGGGCGGGGGGGUGGAGAGGGCAAGGAGUACUGAGAGCUAGACUGUGAAAGCAGAGGGAGAGUGGAAAGGGCAGUGAAAAGACAAACCUUUGUGAAUUUCCUGAGCUCUUGUGGACAUAUAACUGAACAAAAGAUUGAAAGGAAAAUAAAAAUAAGCAGCAAGGUUUUUUGUCGUCUAACAACUGUACUCUGUGCUGAUCCACUGCUAAGAGUGUUCACUGGCACAGCCUUUCUGGAAAGCACUGUGGCAGCUUGUAUAUCAAAAACAUUCCAGAAGUUUGCAUGCCAGGUUUAGGCACCAAAAAUCACUACAAAAGUACCCAACAGUUGAGCUUGGUGGGAUCAAUUACUCUUCCCCCAUCAUGUGAUGGGAGUAUUCAACUAUGCGAAAUGUACAGUGACAUCAUAACAUCAAAGGAAGUAUAUAUGUGAUGUAUGGAUGACAUGAGGAGUAGGAAAGUGGGAUGCAAAAUGAUGGGAGUGUCUGGAAAGGGACUGCUGGGAAAGAUGCCCACAGGUGGGCAGCCAAGUGCUUUGUGUUCUUCAUACUUUUCUGAAUCUCCUCCAAAUGGCGUCCUGAUCAUGUGAGACCUUCAGCAGCGUGGAGAAACAAAACAAAACAAGCAAUGUUUAGGAAGGAUUUUUGACGUAAUUGUAAAUGCUUAUGACAUCAAAAGUGAAAAAGAGGGGUUUCCAUGUGAUUCUUCCUUCUCCAUCCUCUGGUGCAUUUUUCGUAAGUUUUACAAUUCAGGAGAAAGGAGAGGGCAGGGAGGCAGAAAGGGCAACUCACCAGGACUGUGCCCCGCUGGUAAUCUUCAAGCCUGCUUACCUCACCACCUGUAUGCUGACUGACAGUUUACAAGCUUGGUCAUCCCUGCCUAGGCCACAGGCAGAAACACUCUCUUAUGCUGUAUUAACACUUUUAUAUAUGUAUUUUUGAAAAAAGAGAAAGGGCCCAAUUCAGGGCCCCACAGGUUCAAGCAGUUCUCUGUGCCCCGGGGUCUGAGACCUUAUUCCGUCAGAUGCUCAGGGAGUUAGAUCCUGCAGAUUCCAGGGAGGAGUGCUGCAGGCCCUCAGCACAGCGAGGAGAGGCUAAAGCUUAUGGGGACUAGAGUCAAGUGGCACUCUUAGCUGAAGGCACCAGGGGUCUAUGGGGUUGCUGGCAUCUUUGUGUGGGAACCCUGGACCAGUGGCAGGGUGCCUGGGUUGGAACGGUCUUGGAAUGAUGGUUGGCAAGGGGCUUGGGAUAAUCAGGAGGGUGGGCCAAGGUCUAUGUAACUAGUGAGGAGGAUCUGGGGGCCCCUAGGUCCUAGAGACCUAUUUUUGGAGGCACCUGGGAUUGAUGGGAGAGGGGUGUCUGAGUGUCACUUGGACAGCUCAAUGUCAUGUGGAAGAGCCAAGUUCACCCGGGAGGUGGGCACUGAGAUCUGAAGCCCAGGCCCCAAAUUCUAUUGGUGGCAGGGGCAACACUGGAUACCUAGUGAGAUGGUAGACAAAUUGAUUGCAGGAAUAAGUGAAUGGAUCUGAGAUGGGAGUAUACAGGGGGCAGGGUCAUGCAAGGUUUGGGAGCUUAGGACACAUGAGGACGCACCAUAAUUAAAUGAGAACAUUUGGGGAGGCGUACGUAGGAGGGCAGCACACUGGGAAUGCGGGGUAGGGGUGAGGACGGUGGUUCCCACAGGCUGCAAAUCCGGUGGGGGAUGGGCCGGAGGCUUCGGGCCGGUGUGGGCUGUUGGUCGCGUGGGGGAAACAGCAGGGGAGAAACGGCAGGAGAGAAUGUGGGCCGGGCUGACGGGGUCUGGAGCGGACAGAGGGAGGCGGGUGGAGGGGCUGCCCCGACAGACUGGGGAUGCCUGCGGAAAGGGACGGCCCCCGCCCCCGCCCCCAUCGACUUCAGCCCCCAAGCCCCUCGCGCGGCCUCUAGCUUCCCGCCUCCUUUCCUGGCGACAUGGGGACCCCACGAGAGGGCCCCGGCCCUGCUGCCGGCCUCGAGGGGUCGCGACCCGCGCCCGGGCCGGAUUCUUCUCCCCACGCGCUUCCGCUAACGCGAGCUCCUGCCGACGUGGCACCCGCGGCCCGUCCCGGAGUCUGCAGGCCCGACUGCGCGCUGGCCCUCGCGAACUCACUGCGCAUGAGCUGUGCUCUAGCCUGCGGCGCUCAGUCGUGGCGACCCUGGUGCCCACCGUUGGUACGUCACAUACCACGUGACUCCCCGGCAGCGCGAGCUUGUGACGCAUGAGCUGCCGGGGCCAAUCGGAAGGCGCCCCGGAUGUGUCCCGCCCCCGACGAGGGCAGGGAGCCACCUGCCGAGGGACUACCGUGUCAGCCACCGCAGGGCAGAAACUGCGGCGUCUCCAUGUGGGGAUUCCAGGUGGCCCAGGGCUUUGCCCUUGCCGUUGAGGAGAUCAACAGAGACAGCCACCUGCUUCCGAACCUCACUCUGGGCUUCUCCAUCCAGAACUCGGGGGACUCAGUGCACGAAGCCCUCCACAAGACCAUGGGCUUUCUCUCAGGGUGCGAGGAGCCCAUCCCCAACUACACGUGGGGGCCCAACCCUCCCCGGGCUGCCCUGGUGGGAGACAUGCGCUCCAUGGUGUCCAUCCCCAUUGCCAGGCUUCUGGGGCUCUACAAAUUUCCCCAGGUCAGCCACUCGUCCACCCUGGCCAGCCUCAGCGACAAGACCCAGUUCCCGUCCUUCCUUCGGACCCCGGCCAGUGACCUCAUGUCCUCGCGCACGCUGGCCCAGCUGGUGCUCCACUUCCGAUGGUCCUGGGUGGGCGUGUUGGCACAGGACGAUGACUUUGGGCAGCAGAGCAGCUCUCUGGUGACCCGGGAGCUGGGCCAGGCCGGAGUCUGCAUCGAGUUCCGCCUCCACGUCCCCUCCCUACAGUCCCUGGAGAAGAUCAGCGCCGUUGCCCACAGGAUGGAGACCUGCACCGCCACCGUCGUUCUGGUCUUCUUGAGCAACUGGAAUUUCCGGCUCAUCUUGCAGCUGCUGGGCCGUGGCACCGCGGGCCGGGUCUGGGUGAGCCGAGAGACUCUGCACAGAGCGUCUGUCCUGACCGCGCCAGGCGCCCCCCACGCCCUGCAGGGCUCCUUCAGCCUCCGGCAGCACGCCAGCCUGGCCCCUGGGCUCCCUGAGUUCCUCUCUCACCCACACCCCACCAGGACCCCGGAAGACAUGAUCCUGAGGAGGUUCUGGGAGGUCACCUUCAGAUGCACAUGGCCCCGGGGGAGCCAGGGGCCAGCAGGGAACGGCUCGGUGCCGGUGGCAGGAGUCCGAUUCUGCUCCGGGAAUGAGAGUCUGCUGGGCCAGCAGCAUCCUUUCCAGGAAGUGGCUGAAUUCGACACCACAUACUCGGCAGUUUACAGCAUCGCCCACGCCCUGCAGGGUCUGGUGGCCUGUGAAAGCGAGGACGAGGUGUGUGCGGACGCUUGGCACUUCCAGCCAUGGCAGCUUCUUCCACCCCUCAGGAAGGUGCAUUUCAAGACCCCUGAUGGGACAGAGAUCGUUUUUGAUGCCAACGGAGAUUUAGUCACAGAAUUUGAUAUUCUACGUGGGCAGAAGACUGCGGAGGGCGCUUUCCACCUCGUCCACAUAGGCACGAUCAACCCCAGAACCUCACUGGGAGACAGAAUGACAAUCCACUUGACCAAGGAGGAGCUCCAGGUCCCCAGCUCUGUCUGCAGCAGGAGUUGUGCUCCAGGGUUCAGCCAGAUCCCCCGACCGGGGUUCCCACAUUGCUGUUUCGAGUGCAGCCGCUGCCCGGAGGGACAGUUUGCAGACCACAUAGACACGAAGCAAUGUCUCCUGUGCCCGGAGGAGCAGUACUCAAGCCACACCAGAGACCGCUGCCUGCCCAGGACAGAGAGCUUCCUGGCCUUUGACGAGCCCCUGGGCCUCACGCUGGCCUUGGCAGCACUCACGCUGGCUGGGCUGGUGCUGCUGGUCCUUGGGGUGUUUCUGAAGCACAGGGACACGCCUGUGAUCAGGGCCAACAACAGAGCUCUCAGCUACAUGCUCCUCACCUCCCUGGCCCUCUGUGCCCUCUCCGCCUUGCUCUACCUUGGCCGUCCCACCGCCGCCACUUGCCUCCUCCGCCGGAUCACCUUUGCCAUUGUGUUCACUGUGGCUGUCUCCUGCAUCCUGGCCAAGACCCUCACUGUGGUCCUGGCCUUCAGGGUCACCAGGCCAGGGGACAGGAUUCAGGUGUGCCUGCGACCUGGUGCCUCUACCUCGGUAGUCUUUGUUGCCUCCUUGGUGCAGGUUGUUCUCUGUGGGGUCUCGCUGGGCACCUCCCCAUCAUUUCCAGAAAGGGACACAGCCUCAGAGCCCAGCCACAUUGUUAUCCAGUGCCAGGAGAGCUCUGGCGUCGCUUUCUACUUCGUGCUGGGCUACCUGAGCCUCCUUGCCGCCGUCACCUUCUCUGUGGCCUUCCUGGCCAGGGGUCUGCCCGAUGCCUUCAAUGAGACUAAGUACUUUACCUUCAGCAUGCUGUUUUUCUGCAGCGUCUGGACAACCUUCCUGUGUCUGUACUACAGUGUCCGGGGCAAGACCACUGUGGCUUUGGAGAUCUUCUCUAUCCUGGCCUCCACUGCAGGGCUGCUGGGUGGCAUCUUUAUGCCCAAGUGCUAUAUCAUCCUGCUGAAGCCAGAGCGAAAUGCCCCAGACUGGCUGAGGCGAGGACGCUGGGCUCAGCGGGAAGGACAGAGCAAGGAGCUCCAGAGCAGGCGUCUCCCCCAAGGCCUAUCUGCACGAGCCAGUCCUCGCUGAGCAGCACUAUCUAUGAUGGCCCAAAGUGAGAACAACCCAAAUACCUGACAAGUGAUAAAUGGAUGAACAAAAUGUGGCAUAUGCACACAAUGGAAUGUUAUUGGACACUAUAAAGGAAUGAAGUACUG